UAUGUAUUGUAGUCUUAAAUUAUAUAUUUAAUUAAUUAGUUGUGAUAUAAUAAUGCAGACGACGGUGCCGCUAGCGUGUUUCUUAUCUUUGAUACGCCCCCCUGGGAUACAGUUCGAAAAUGCAUUGCUCCAAAUCGCGCCCGUCGACAAGGGGAAAUGCCCGUUCGUGCGUGACAACAGCGACGUCGUAUUCCAGCUUUACACGAGACACAACCCAACCGUCGCCCACAGUCUCCUGAUAGACGACGAUGAAAGCCUAUUCGCUUCGAGCAUAGACUUCAACGAUCCAACCGUGUUAUACUUCCACGCUUUCAUGGAGACACCUGAUGACGGCAGCGCAUUAAGGAUAAGAGAAGCAUACACACACAGAGGCGAUACCAACAUCAUAAUGGUUGAUGCGCAACGGCUUGAAGCCGGACCCUGGUACUUCAAGGCCGCUGAAAACACUUGGUAUAUUGGACGUAUCGCUGCCCAGUUCAUUGAUUAUUUGGUAUCGAGAGGAUUAAAACUAUCAAAGACCCAUUUAGUUGGGCACAGUUUGGGAGCUCAAGCUGCCGGGGUUGCUGGAAGUACUAUUAAAUCUGGUAAAGUAUCUCGUAUAACCGGCCUCGACCCGGCUCUGCCCCUCUUUGAUAAGCUGCCGCUGCAACAGAGGCUUGACCCCUCUGAUGCUGAAUUCGUCGACGUGAUACAUACUGAUGCUGGAAUAUUUGGUUUCAACCACCAAAUGGGUCACGUGGACUUCUACCCGAAUGGUGGUAUAAGUCCGCAACCGGGAUGCGAACUCGAGGUUGUGAUUCCUCAACAGCAGUUAUUGACUAAAUGUGACGAUAAGACGCACGAUAUCCGCUUUUACGUGUAUAAAUUGACAUCACAGACAAAUUCAGAACGGCUUUCAAAUACACGCAUCACGACCACACCAACUAACGCUAUGCGAAAUUCAUUUAAUUCAAAUAUAGAAGAUCUGAAUUCUAGACAGAGUUCGUUUAAAAAUCCAAACUGUCUGAACCAAAAAUCACAAGAAACCCCUCAAAACAUGGAACCACACACAUACCCAAAAACACAGAAGCCAUCAAACGUUCACAGGGCGAAACGAUUCAUCAAGAAACAACAGACAAAUGAUAACAUAAUAUCGAAAAUUCGAAGAUUAUUCUCGUCGCAAACCGAUACACCAGCAGUGACCGUCGUCAGAGAAAUUAACACGUUCGUCAAAAAUGGCGGCGGCUUUAUAAAUCACUCGAUCAGAGAACAGAGUAGCUACAGUGAAAACGUUGCGAAUACUUAUCGACCAUACGUGUAUGCCGUUCAAGUGAAUUCCGAUUCGAAAGUCAAGGCGUUCUUAAAGAAAUUGUUCGGUUUCGGAUCGAGCACUACGUUCGUUUCUAGUAAAUAGCGCACGCGGUAAAUACUUUCUAUCAACGCGUCAACGAUCGCCAUUUUCAAUAGAAUAAUAUAACUUUAGGUUUUUAGUAUGUCCG